UCUUCAUCUUCUAAUCUACAUUCUUUCUUUUCCUCUUCUAUUUUUUCACUUCAUUUUCAACCUUUUAGAUAAGGGAGAUAUUAUUCAACUAAUUCUAACAGAAUUACAAAAAUGGAAGGCAUUACAGGAAAUCCUUUAUGCCUAAAAUCAUUGAAUCAUAUCUCUCUUAUCUGUAAAUCGUUAGAUGAAUCUAUCAACUUCUAUCAAAAUAUUCUUGGAUUCAUUCCCAUUAGAAGGCCUGGAUCAUUUGAUUUUGAAGGGGCAUGGCUAUUUGGCUAUGGAAUCGGAAUUCACCUUCUUCAGACGAAGAAGGCUGAAAAUAUUCCAAUGAAAAAGGAAAUUAAUCCAAAAGAUAAACAUAUAUCAUUCCAGUGUGAAAGUAUGGGAUUAGUACAAAAAUGUUUGGAGGAGAUGAAGAUUGAUUUUGCUCGUGCAUUGGUCGAAGAAAAUGGAGUUAAAGUUGAUCAGUUAUUUUUCCAUGAUCCAGAUGGAUUCAUGAUUGAGAUAUGUAAUUGUGAUAAUCUACCCGUUAUUCCAUUAGUUGGUGAUAUGGCUAGAUCAUGCUCUAGACUCAAUCAUGAGAUCAUGCAACAACAGAUACAUCAAGUUGUAAACCAAAUUUGAUCAGAAGGAAUUUGAGUUGGGGAAUUAGAAAGAUAAGUUAGGGCAUCUCAGUGAAUUGAAGAUUCGAAAGAGCGGUCCAAGCAAAAAUUAAAAGAAAUUUGAAAACCUAAAAAGGCGACUGAAGCAAAAGUUAGGGAUUUAAAAAAAAGCAAAGCGACAACAACAUGUAAGACUGCUUGAAAUGCAAAAGAUGAAUAUAGGAAAGAUCAAUCUAGCCACUAUCCUUAGAGGCAAAGUAUUGUGGAUUUAGACUUAUGUGGGUGAAUAGCUUUUGUUGUUCUUUACUGGUAGUAUGAUUUUUUUCCUACAUUGCUAUUUUUGUUUGACUGUCAUUUUCAUGUCUAGGUCUCGUUGUAUAGAUGAAUUUUUUAUAUGGAGUUACACCUUUGUGUGCUGCCAUUCUAUGUAUUCCUUGAAUUUCUUCUAAAAUAAUAUAAUUAUAUUUUGUA